UGAGGGAGGGAGAGAGGCAGAGAGAGCUGCUAGGAAAGAGGUAGUAGCAGCACAGUGAAAGAGGUCUUGAGCAGCUUGAAUAAAUAUUUGUGAAGGGCUAGCUACUGGAGGACACUGCCCAUGGCUCAGUCUGCUAACGGUGUGGACCAGGAUCUGGCCAGCAAGAGACUCAACACGAGGAUGGAGGCCUCAUGUCUGGAGUUGGCCCUGGAGGGAGAGAGGCUGUGUAAGGCAGGGGACUUUAAAGGGGGGACAGCGUUUUUCGAGGCGGCUGUGCAGGUGGGAACAGAAGACCUGAAGACCCUCAGUGCCAUCUACAGCCAACUGGGCAACGCCUACUUUUACCUGAAGGAAUACGGCAAGGCUCUGGAGUACCACAGACAUGACCUCACUCUGGCCAGGACAAUAGGGGACAGGAUAGGGGAGGGAAAAGCCAGCGGUAACCUUGGAAACACACUGAAGGUUUUGGGGCGCUUCGACGAGGCAACGGUGUGCUGUCAGAGACACCUGGACAUCUCUCAAGAGCAGGGGGACAAGGUGGGAGAGGCCAGGGCUCUGUAUAAUAUAGGGAAUGUGUUCCAUGCCAAAGGAAAGCAGCAGCUAUGGGGCUGUACCCAGGACCCUGGGGACCUCCCACCAGUCGUCAGAGAUACACUGCAAAGGGCUACUAGCUUCUAUGAGAUGAAUCUGUGUCUGGUCAAAGAGCUGGGCGACCGAGCUGCUCAGGGCAGGGCCUUUGGUAACCUAGGCAACACCCACUACUUGUUGGGAAAUUUUGUGGAGGCCAUCAAAUUCCACAGACAGAGGCUGUCCAUCGCCAAGGAGUUUGGUGACAAAGCAGCUGAACGUAGAGCCUAUAGUAACCUAGGCAACGCUCUGAUUUUCCUGGGACAGUUCAACACUGCCACGGAGUACUACAGGAAAACUCUGCAGCUGUCUCGUCAGUUGAAGGACAAGGUGAUGGAGGCACAGGCAUGUUACAGCCUGGGGAACACCUACACUUUGAUGCAACAGUACGAGAGAGCCAUAGACUACCACCUCAAACACCUCCUCAUAGCCCAGGAGCUCAUGGACAGUGUCCUAGGCCCUGCCGUUGAAAAGCACCUCUAUAGCAUGAUGCUGCCACCACCAAGCUUCACAGUAGGGAUGGCGUUAGACAGGGUUGGUGAGGGCCGUGCCUGCUGGAGUCUGGGAAAUGCCUAUGUGUCUUUACAGAACCAUCGCCAGGCCCUGCACUACGCCCGCAAAUAUCUAGACAUUUCCAGAGAGAUUGGGGACAGGAAUGGCGAGUUGACUGCCAGGAUGAAUGUGGAGCAGAUGAUGGAGGCUCUGGGGGUCAACGAGAGUGACCUUUCAUCAUGUGGGUCAGAGUUCGAGGUGCAAGGAGCCAGACCAAAAUACACCAAGAGAAACAGCAUGGACAGUGUCGAACUGUGGAAGUACUCGUCAGAUAAGAUUGGAGACAGCCAGGAUGUGGACAGUAUAUCCCGGAGAACCAAGAGUCAGCAGUCUCGGCCAGGCAGAGGGAAGGGCUACCCCGACAGCCUGUCCUCAAAUGACAGGCAAUGGUUGGAAUCCCCUGUGGACACCGAUGACAUAACUGUCCAAGUCCCGCCUCCAAAGCUAGGUCGUGACCCCUCCGAUGAGGACUGCUUCUUCGACCUUCUCAGCAAGUUCCAGAGCAGCCGCAUGGAUGAUCAGCGCUGCCACCUAGACGACCUGAAUGAAGAGAAUGGAGAAAAUGGCGAGAACGGAGGGGCCGUCUCUCUCAAUGAAAUGCUAGACCCUACACUCAUCACGUCACCCCAGACAGAGGAGCUAUUUGACCUGAUCGUCAGUUCCCAAAGCCGUCGCCUGGACGACCAGCGGGUCAGCGUCAGCAACUUACCCGGCCUCAGGAUCACCCAUAACAACCUGGGCCACCUGUGUGUCGAUGCAGACCCCCAGGAGCCAAGCGAUGACUUCUUCAACAUGCUCAUGAAGUGCCAGUCCUCCAGGAUCGAUGACCAACGGUGUUCCCCACCAGAAGGGGGGCCCCGGGCCCCCACGGUGCCUGACGAGGACUUCUUUAGUCUGAUCCAGAGGGUACAGGCCAAGCGCAUGGACGAGCAGCGGGUCCACCUCCCGUCAGAUGAACAGGAUGGGCCCGACUCCGACCCAGAACCACCCUCCGGAGACUCCAGCUAGGGACCCAAGCACACAUCCCUCGGGGAGUCUGCCUCAUAGAAGGUGGAGAGAAAGAGGAGAAAUGGGCCACCACCUGAGGAGAUCUGUGAAGGGGUGAAAGUAAAUUAGGUUGAUGUGUGAUGCAAGAUCCGAACCCUAUGUGCAAUAUGUGACCCCCUUUCAGCUGUUGUGAAUCUGUUUAGGUUUGAAAUGUGUGUAAAUCCGAUAAUGAUGAAAUGGAAUGUAUAUAUGAUACAUUUAUGUGAAUUAUGGUUUGGGGUGUUUCGCUAGGGAUUGAGACGCCAACAAGAAAUAACAGAUAUUCAUAUUUACCCCAUUUACUGCCUUAAUCAGUUUUUCUCUGACUCAGAUUGUAUUCCCAAGUGUCAGGGGUCUGUGGGUUCAAAGUGCAUGAUAGAAUAGUAUUCGGUUUGAAGGAUGACGAUGAAUGCUGCUGGUAUUAUUGGUGUAGCAAACAGUAUUGGCUACAGUUUUCGGUGGCAACAACAUGGUUAGUUAAGGUCUCUUCAUUAUUGAGUUAAUGUCAUCUGGAGCACAACCAAACAGGUUUUAAAACAAUAUAUCAAUUUAUCAAAAUAGUAAAAGAUACAGUGAAAACACAUUUUAUGGAUAAUAGUAUACAAAAUCAAGAAAAGCACAUUUUAGGGAGAAAUUCAAGGGAGAAAUUGAGUAGAUGGAUCAGGGGACUUUUUAGGACAGGAAGGGAGUAGAUGCACAGCCUAUGCACACAGAAUCCUGUUUGGCAGGGAACUCCUGCUAAAAUGCCACAGCUGUUGGUCUUCAAUUUCCAAUCAUCUUCAACAGAUGUCUCAUAUUCUGCUGGUUUACUGCCCCAUUGUGGUGAAACUUGUAUACUACAGCUGUCCUGUGUACCCCAUUGGAAAUGAUUUGUAAUUCCUGCGGAAGGUUGAGGAUGUAAUCUUCUGCGCAAGUAUAUUGAUUUUAAGCACUUUUUAUUAUUUGAGUGACAAGCUAUACUUAAACUGUACAGUAUGUACAUUGCCUAUCUUUUGCUGAUAAUUUUUUAAAGGUUAGUGUUUUUGCAACAAAAAUGUAGUGCCUUGUGUGUAUUUUAUUCAGUUGUAGAUAUCAGAGUUAUUCUGUUACAGACCCAGCAGACCAAAGACGGGUGCAAACUGAGGAAACUAAACAAAAACGGCUUAUAGUAAGAUCUAACGUACUGUACAUAUAUGUUGCCUAACUGAUGUUCCACAAUGGACAUUUUAGUUGCUCUUCUUCUUUGGGGCUCCAUUUGUAAAUGUAUUAGUAUUAGCGUGUAGCUCUUCUUUGUACCUCAAGAGUCGUGAACCUAACCCAGGAUGGGUCGUGAACCUAACCCAGGAUGGGUCGUGGUCCAAAUGAUUCAUCUCCAUCUCUUUAGUAAGAGGGUAACAAGGUCCCACUGUUCUCCAAAAAUAGUUGAUUUCCUCUAUUUUCUCAUACCUUAUGAGGAUAAACUUGGUCCACAACUAUCCGCUACGCUUCUAUUUGUCACUGCCAUAUGUACAUAUUUUUUGUAUUUAUGUUCCAUUUGAGGACAUGAAGAUGUCCCCUCUGCUUUUAAUAAAAUGUUGAUUCAAA